AUGAAUACAUGUAUCUUGACUCUAUGUGAUCGUCGCAACGAGGGAUACGUUCGCGAUCAAGUCGUCUUUGGCGACAAAUCAGAAAAGAAGACGAUGUAUGCCUAUGCCCCCUGGGAGUGGUUUCUCUGCAUGAUCAACGGCACAAAAGAGCGACUGGAAAUCAAUGUCGUGGAAACUAAGUACGUCCCUGGCGGGGGUCGUCAAUGGCGGGACCAUGACAACGGAAUCCAAGAUGUAGUCGACAAGAAGCAGAAAGUGGUGUAUUCGAUGUUUAGGCAGCCCCACGAAAUCCCCCUUCCUGAAGCCAAUCUGAUUCGAUCUUGUUCCCUAUUUCAACAUCAGCGGUAUUACUUGAUGUGA